GUCUCCAAAGCUGAUUUUUUAAAUGUAUUUAUUAUUUUUUUUCCUAGAUAUAUUAUCUUACUGAUGUCCAUAACACUAAGGAACAUGUCCAAAAAGCUCUGAAACGCUAAUGUUUAUUUCUAGGGUGCUUUAAAAGUUGUUUAAAUAAAGUUUUCGCCAUUCAAAAUGGCUAGGUUUGUUCCUGCUUUCGCUUUUUCAGUGCUUGUUGUAGGAGUAGGAAGCGUUUGAGUUUGUCAGCGCGGAUGAACCUCUGCCACGUCAGAUUGUUCACACCGCCGGGGCGAAGCCGCAGCUCGGCGUUCAGACUCACUGACAGCGCGGCUGUGGAGCUAACAGGCUAAUCAGCGCAGAAACACAAGCCGUGGGGCGCAGGGAAGCAAAGCUAGCUGGCUAACAGGAAGAAGCUAGCUGCCUGGUCCGAGUGUUCUUGGAGAACCACGUCGGGUUUUUUUCUUUAUUUUUUAAAUUCAUUUUUCUUUAAUUUUGUGCUUUUUUUUGUGCGUGUCAGGAUGGAGGGGAAAUACAACCUGAAAAGCCCGGCGGUGAAGAGGCUGAUGAAGGAAGCGGCUGAACUCCGAGAUCCCACUGAGCACUAUCACGCCCAGCCUCUGGAGGAUAACCUCUUUGAGUGGCACUUCUCAGUGCGCGGGCCUCCAGAUUCGGACUUCGACGGAGGGAUCUACCACGGCCGCAUCGUCCUUCCUCCUGAGUAUCCAAUGAAGCCACCAAGCAUCAUCCUCCUCACCCCCAAUGGGAGGUUUGAAGUCGGGAAGAAGAUCUGCCUGAGCAUAUCUGGGCAUCACCCCGAGACCUGGCAACCCUCCUGGAGCAUCCGGACAGCUUUAAUAGCGAUUAUAGGCUUCAUGCCGACUAAAGGAGAGGGGGCCAUUGGAUCACUGGAUUACACUCCAGAAGAAAGGAAAGCCCUGGCCAAGAAGUCUCAGGACUUCUGUUGUGAGAUGUGUGGCUGCUCCAUGCGCACAGCUCUGCUGGCACUGACGCCCAACAGCGAGCGCCAACCCUUGGACCCUCAGGCUCAGCAACUAGCACAGCAGAUCAGCUUUAAGGCUGAGUCCAGCACAUCGUCCAGCGCCAGUGGGAGUAAAGAGACAGCGAGUGUUAGCCAAACCAGCCAGCAGGAGACGAGUUCCACCCCAGAGGACAGUGAAGGGACAGCUCAGGCCGAACAGGCUGAUUCGGUGUCUGAAUCCGCUUCCACUCCUGCAGCUCCCACCUCUCGGUCCCUGAGCCCUCGACAGCGCCGCGCUCAGAACCGGAACCAGAACCAGCCACAACGCCGGCCCACUUACCCAGCAUUCCCUGCAGCAGCACAGCAAGACGGCAGCCACGCGGGCUCGGCCGUGCUCAUCGUGCUACUCACGCUGGCUCUCGCCGCCCUCGUCUUCCGCAGGAUCUACCUGGCCCAGGACUACAAGUUUGACUACGAGCUCUGACCACAGAGUUUAAAAAUAAACUCCCACUAAAACUAAACUGCCACCAACCUUCACCACCUUCCAGCUGCCACCAUCUCCUCAGUGAUGCCUGAUGGUGUUUAAUCGUGCAUACCACAGGAGGAGGGCAGCGCAUACUGUACUUACUUAGAAAAGAAUCACAUCUCUACUAUAUUUAGAAAAAAAAAAUGACUGACUUGUGUUGGAAAUACACACUUUCCUGAUUUUAAAGGACUGACACCUGUCCAGGAAAUGUGGGAUACACUUUAUCAAUGGGAUAUCACUGUUUUUCCUCGUAUACUGAUAUGUUAGUUGACUAGGUUAUAUCUAUUGCAAGCCAUUUUAUUUGAGUUCAAAUUUUAUUUAUGAAGCCGGAUAUGAAACAGUUUAUUCUUAAUCAUUCUUAGGAGCAGAACAUUUAAACAAGAAAUGUGGUAUUAAACCCUAAACCCUAAACCCUCCUUAGUUCAUGCCCCAUCGUUUGUGUAAAUUAUGUAUAAGGAGACUCACUAAUCUGAACAUUGAUUGAUUUUAAAAUCACGUAAUCAUCAAUGAGUUACUGUAGCAAAUUACUGCAAUGUUUUUAAAUCUGGUGCGAAUUUUUAGUUUGGUUUGGCCUGCAAAAAAACAUUUACACAAACUAUGAUGGAUACAUGAGGCCCAAUACUUGCCAUUCACUGAAUCUGGCUAGGCUUCUGUUUACAUUUUUAUGGCCCUACUUGUCUUUAAAAAUGCUUUAAAAAACAAAUGGGAUUGUCACUGUUUUCGCUGCAGUUGUAUGUAGUAGACUACUCUAAAAAAUUAUAUAUUGUUCUUAUUAAUAUUAAUGGUUGACACAUAAGCACUCAGUUUUUUUGGGACUACAUGAAAGUUGGGCAACUAUUUACUUAAAAGCAGAUAUCUGAUUCUAAUAUCUCAAAGGAAAUAUCAAAACUAAAAGUGCUUAGUAAAUAUAAUGUAAGCAUUAGGCUUGUUCUAUAUUGCUUGUUCUAUAAUUCAAGGUGAAUGAAUGAAUCACUCAAAUAAUAAUAAAAAAAAAACGAGCAUUUUUACCAGUUCAGGUUUAAGAGUAUGGGAGUGCGUAAUGUUAUUAACUGUGAAGUCGGGAACUGCUUGCUGGCAGUGGCAAUCAUGAAAACUCGGCUGCCUAUUUUUCAGUGAUUAUGUAGUAAUGCACAGUAAAAAGCCACUUUGAUGCAGUCCUGUUUAAUCUUUUUUGGGGUAAACAAAAAAAAAAAGUUUCUUUUUUUCUCUUUUGGCAAAAAAACAAAGGCCAUAUAUGCCUGAUUUUUUUUUUUUUUUUUUGUGGCAUCCCUUAUAACGACAGUUACGUGAUGUUGACUGUAUACUUGUCUGAUGUUAGCUAGGUCAAACAUACAUUAAUAGAUUUUAUUUCACCUUCAUGUACUCAAAAAUAUUCUCCUUCUUCAUCUAGCUCGACAGAAAGCAAGGCUGCCGCACAAGUCCAGUCGAGAGAAUGUGAGACUGGGUGAGGGGGCGGGGCUUCCAGGUGAUGUCAGUUAAUACUGGAGAGUUCAAAACACAUUGGGAAAUCCUUCCAGAUUCAUAUAUCUGUUGACUCAUCUCCUGUUUUCCUGCUUUUAUGGUACUUUUUGAUUGACAUCUCCACUGUUUUUGUAUCUUCAGUUGCAGAGCUGCUACACAAAAUGUUUGCGGGUCUGUUAACAUAAUAUAAUAUAAUAUAAUAUAAUAUAACUGGAUAUCAUGGCAGUGUAAUAUCAUGUAGGGACGAUUAAACUGUUAUAGCGCACAAGUCUAAUAAGUGUGACUAGGAUGAUAUGACUAGGAUUGUGAAAUACUAGUCUUGAUUUCUAGACCUGGACUGAAGGGGGUGUGGGUGUUUUCUAAUGCAAGCCAGUCACUUUCUACUAACGAAUAUAAUAAUAGAUAUGAGACAAGCUGGGAAAUGUGUUCUCCAGCCAAAGCUUUCUUCAUUGGUUGCCAAGCUGAGAGAGCUGUACCCUCUGUUACAGGGCACACACACGAUCAGCAGACCUUCAAGAAGGACAAAAUUACAAACCUUGGAAACAAAGGAAUACUGAUGACUGAUCAGCAAUAUUGCAUUCCUAUAGACAGGGAUUUUUUUUUUUUUAUAAAUCCGGUUUAGAAAAGCUAAUAUAUGUUAUUAUGACCUGUAAACAUGAUAAAAAGACUUUUAAGCCUCACAAGGCUAUUGAUGCAUGUGCUUUUGGUCGGGUAAAAAUAUUGUCGCAUUGAAUUACACCCCAUCUAACGUCCACCAAAGUUACCAUGAAGUUCAUUAAAGUGUAUUAGGUUUAGACAAGCUCAUGCGGAACUCUACGCUCAUAAAUAUUGAACAGCACAUACACAUACGGUUGCUGAAGUACCCCUUAGUGAGGGUUUAGCCAGAAUAAGUUCAGACAGACUGCGUGAAUCUUUUCAGCCUGUCAGUUUACGUGUAGUGCUUUUAAUUGUGACCAAGUUUUACGCUAGUGACCCUGCAAUUAAAAUGGCUCGGUUUGAAUCUGAGCUGUGUGCUGUCAAAGCUGUUCUAUGAUUUUUAACAAGAGGCUGAUUAAAAUUGAGAAAAUUAA